CACCUUGCUCAAGAACUAAAUUAGCUCCCCCCCCCUCUCUUACCAGAAAAAAGCUUUCCCCUUUUGACCUCACUCGUCCCUUGCUUUCCCUUUGAGAUGGCCCAAAUCAUUGUGAGCUCUAUUGCGGGAACGCUGCUUUCCGCGCUGCAGGAUAAGCUCUUUGACGAGGUUGCCGCUAUUCCCCAACUUGAGCUCCAGCAACUCCAGAAAACCGUCUCUACCAUCGAGGAAGUCCUCCUCGAUGCCGAACAGAGGCAGGUCCACGACAACAGUGUCAAACAGUGGCUGGAGAGGCUGUCGCUGGUGCUGUACGAUGCCGAUGAUGUGUUCGACGAUUACUCCACCGAGGCUGCUCGCCGCCGGACAGCAACCGCGAAGGAGGAGGGUCUCAGACAGGAGGUGAAUUGUGUGAGCUGGGUAGCCUCCAUUCUCCCUCCCCUUUUAGAACAAUUUCUUUAUGCCCGUAAGGUGAAUCGUGAUAUCAAGGCUAUUAGGGAGAAGCUGGAUGACAUAUCCAAAGACAGGGAGGAGUUAGAACUGGAAGCUCGUACCCCAGCUGAUGAGUAUGCUCUUCUUCCUUCAGUGAGGGAGACGGACUCCGGAUCAACCGCGGUUGUUGGCAGGGGAGACGAAAUAGCAAAACUGACGGGAGUUUUGUUGGAUUACGAGUCGGGAAAGAGCAUAUCCGUUAUCUCCGUAGUUGGCAUGCCAGGGAUAGGGAAGACCGCGCUAGCUCAACUCUUAUUCAACGACGAAAUCGUCAAACAGCACUUUGAGUUGAGAGUGUGGGUGAGCCUCUCGGAUAAUUUUCAUGUCGGAUGGAUAGUCAGAAGGAUAGUGGAAUCCACAACUGACCAGAGAAUGGAAAUGUUGGAGAUGAACGAGCUGGUUCAUAUGCUGCAGCGAAGCAUUGGGGCGAGGAGGUAUUUGCUUGUUCUUGACGAUGUUCAUAACCAGGAUUCUGGCCUAUGGGGUUCUCUUUUAGACCUGUUGAAGCUUGGUGGAGCUGGAAGCAAGGUACUAGUAACCGCUCGUUCUGAGCAGGUAGCAACUGCUGCUAGGUCUAAGAUGCAUAAACUCCUAGGCUUAUCUCCCGAGGCAAGCUGGAAUUUGUUCAGUCAAGUAGUGUUUGAUGGAGAAGAACAAGGAGAUGCUAGAGUUAGAGAACUUGGUUGGGGGAUUGUAGAGAAAUGCCAUGGCAAUCCUCUUUUGAUAAAAACAAUAGGUGGGUCAUUGGCUGGUAAGGAUCCGAAAACUGAAUGGCCGUCUACUGCGGAUGACAAGAUCUUGGGAGAAGGUCAUCAGACUGAUGAUGACAUGUAUUCAGCACUCAGGUUGAUCUAUCAACAACUUCCCUCAUAUUUGAAGUUAUGUUUUGAGUACUGCAGUUUGUUUCCCAAAGAUUCUGAGAUUGAGGUGCAGACCUUGAUUCAUCUCUGGAUUGCUCAAGGAUUAGUUAAGUGUCCUCAGGUGCAGCAAGACAGCAUUGAAGAUGUUGCCUAUGGUCACUUCCUUGAGCUUCUACGGAGGUUUUUUGUUGAAGAAGGGGAAAAAGAUGACUUUGGCAAAGUCAGAACUUUCCAGAUCAACAAUUUGAUGCACAGUCUUGCCAACACGGUAGCUGGGACAAAAUACAGCACGGUGAGAAGAAAUGAAGACCAAAAUGAACAAAUCAGCAAGGAAGUUCGCCAUCUGACUUUUUCCUGUCACUUGGAUGCUUCGAUUGAACUCCCAGCCGGUGUCAUCCGUGCUAAAUCAUUGCGGACGGUCUUUCUAGCCAACCAGGAGUUGCGGUCAAGCAACAGAAUCAGACGGGGGAGAUCCAUACUAAAGGAUUUCUGCUCUAGCUUGGAGCGCUUACGAGCACUUGAUGUGCACAACUCGGGAAUUGAGCAAGUGCCAGCAUCCAUCAGAAAUAUGAAAAGUCUAAGAUAUCUUGAUCUUUCUGAAAAUGAUGACAUAAAGCUACUCCCAGAUUCAAUCACCGACCUGUGGAAUUUGCAAGUCUUGAAGAUCUCUGGAUGUGAACGGCUGAAGCAGUUACCAAUCAGUAUUGGGAGGCUGGUUAAUCUUAGACAUCUCUAUUGUGAAGGGUGUUGGAAUAUGACCCAUAUGCCUCGUAGCAUCGGGGAACUAACUUCCCUUAUAACCUUGACCUGGUUUGUCCUCCCCAAAGACCUCUCUGCCUCUCAUUUCCUAACAGUUGGGUUGACUAAGCUGGGUCGCGUUGAUCCUAGAGCAGCUGAGUUGAGUAAGCUGGUCAUGAAUCACACGGCAGCUGGGUUAAAUGAGCUGGGACGCUUGAAUCAAUUGAAGGGACGACUCGAGAUUAGAAAUCUGGGAGCAUAUAUGAAAAAUGCUAAUCGGUCGGAGUUGGAAUCAACCAGUUUUUUCAGAGGAAAGAAGGGUCUCCAAUCAUUGAGCUUAUGCUGGGAUCCAAAUUUGGAUGAGAAAGCAAGUAUAUUCGAUGUGGAUGACCAACAUCACUGGUCUCUAAAAUGUCUGGAGCCGCCCCCACAACUAACAGAGUUGCAGUUGUGUGAGUAUGGAGGCCAUGAAUUUCCUGCUUGGAUUUCUUCUCUCAAGAAUCUCAUCAGCCUUCAGGUGCGAGAUUGCCAAAAUUUUCGAUCUCUGCCAGCGUUGGAGGAUUUCCCACUUCUCAAAUUCUGUCGGCUUGAGAGUCUAUCUCAGUUGGAGUUCAUGGACAACAACUGCUCCAGGGUUGAGGGACAUAGUAGUUCCUUGUUUCAAUCCCUGAAGAAACUAUAUAUCUUCAAGUGUCCUAAACUGAGGGGAUGGUGGAAGGAAGGUAUUGAAGAUGGUGCAAUCAUAUCAUCUCAGUUCCAUGGUCUAUCUACCUUGGAAAUUCGCGAUUGUCCUAAACUGGAUCAGAUGCCCCUGUUUCCCAGUUUGGAUGAGAAGCUUCUUUUGGAGAAUGCUAGCUUAGUUCCACUGCGUCAGACUAUGCAGAUUCAGGAGGCUGCCAUAGCUAGGCCUUCUUCAUCUUCAACUCCAUUGCCUCACCCGCUCUCCAAACUAAAAAGUAUCUGGAUUUCAUCAAUUGAGGAGCAGCAAAUCCUUCCAGAAGAUUGGCUGCAGGAAUUGAUUUCUCUCCAAGAAUUACGAAUCGACUGCUGGACGAGUCUAGCAUUUCUGCCUCCAGGGAUGAGUCGCCUGACCAAUCUGAGAGAGUUGGAUAUUCGCAGAUGUCCGCAACUGAAGCAGAGAUGUGCUGGAAACAAGGCUGCAGACUGGUCUAACGUAUCUCACAUCUCGAAUAUCAAAAUUGACAAGAAAACUAUUCAGUUGGGUGGAAUUUAUCAGCUGUGUGAUGAAGAAUCUGCUGCACUUAUAGCAAACUUCUCUUUGGUCCAUCCUCUCUCCAGGAUAAGCAGUGUGACGAUUGAGGAUCUUGAAUACCUACCCUCAGAAUGGCUGCAGACACUCGCAACUCUGAAAAAGCUCAAAAUUGUUAACUGUCCGAGUUUGGAGUGUCGUCCUCAGGAGCUGCAUUACCUUACUUCACUGCAGAGGUUGCAGAUUAAACAACGCAACUAGCUGGCGUGAUGCAUGUACACUGAUGCAUUCCAACUGCUUGAUGAAGUGAUUCGUCUAAAUCCUUGCCCGUGUGUUGGACUGUGCAGCUGUUGUAGGAGAAGAAGAUGGAUUGCUUUGAUGUGUCACUGAGACCAUUGGAGAGAAGGGACAGAAUCGCUUCUUCAAGCAAACAAUUGUAGGAACAAUCUCCACUGGAAAUAACAGUGAGAAUUACCU